AGUUUGUGUGCUGUCCAGAGGGAACUGCCUUUAAAAAGCUUCGGUUGAAGGGUGACCUGGCAUCAGUUCGCUAGCUAGUUCGCAUCCAGCAACGCGCCUCCAGAACCAGGAAAUCUGUACCAACUUACACGGCGAUGAACUUCACGAAACUCUUCAUUGUGGUGGCGAUCGCGGUGCUGGUAAUCGCUGGCAUCCAGCCGGCUGAUGCAGCGCCCAGGUGGAAAUUUGGCAAACGACUUGAAAAGCUGGGUCGGAAUGUGUUCAAAGCGGCCAAGAAAGCACUGCCAGUCAUCGCCGGAUAUAAAGCCCUCGGCUAACGUAGCCUGGGCACACCGUCCUUAGUACCGGCCAUCUCGCACCGCCUCGCCUUAUCUUAUUCCUGCUGUAAUCUAAGCCCGACGAGGACGCAGCGAUCAUCGCUACUAAUCAUCGCUGUACCUACACCUUACACACUCUCUCUCUCUCUCUCUCUCUCUCUCUCUCUCUCUCUUCUUUAACUGUGUGUGUAUUUAAUUAUUAACCUUACGGUUGAAUCAAUAAAAGGCUAUACCAGGCCCUCCUUUUUUGCAAUUA